UCCCAAACCCAUCGCCCCUCCUCUGUACGUCGUUGCCACCAGCAUUGUCGGAUCAAGCGCAAACGCAGUUUCAAGAUGCCCGGUCAAGCCCUAUCGUCUAGGAAGCGAAACACUGGCAAAAAAAAGACCCCCAAAGCAGCCAAAUAUCGAGCGCCCUUCGAGAGCCCGUAUCCUGGUCUUAAACAUUUUGACAUGGAUAACGAACUCGUCAUCCCGAAGGAUGUUGAGCCCUUGAGAGCGUCUGACCGGUACCGGACCAUCGUCGGCUCCAUAAAAUCUCGUCCAGGUGAUGUCGUUUUCAAGCAGUUUCUCCUCCCCGAUAACAAAGAGAAACCUGAUAAGGGCGACGAGGAGCACCUGGUUGAAAUCGGCUGGUUGCUCGACGUAUGGACCAAGUUGAAGCAUCGGCGAAUCACCCCCCUUCUUGGAUUUUCAGUCGAAGUCUGUAUCCCGACGGUCAUCUCGCCCUUUUAUCCCAACCGGGAUAUCGAAACCUUUAUGUCGGCUCACCCGGUCAACCUCGAAACCAAACUUCGCUGGAUGACCGAGAUCGCAGAAGGACUGGUACACAUACACGAGAAGCGAUGUGUCUUUGUCGACGUCAAGCCAAACAGCUUCCUACUCGAUGACCUUGAGUCGGUUCGACUCAAUGAUUUCUCAAAUUCUCUGGCCUUGGAGGAGGGGUUCGACGGACGCGAACAAAUCCCACUCCCCGAGGAUGAAAUCGAGUAUGGCACGUUUACCUACUUCGCCCCGGAACGCACCACUCAACGUGCGACACCCAACUUCAACACCGAUAUAUAUGCAUACGGGAUUGCGUGUAUCGAAAUCCUCUCGGACUUUGGGAAUAUUUGGGGCAUUGAAAUCACGACGAUCGACGACCUCCGCGAUCAACACACCGCCGGCAAUUCUCCAAUCGUACCAGAGUCGACACCAGCGCCCGUCAAGGAGCUCCUUCUGGAGUGUGUCUCGACCGACCCGAAGGCCCGGCCGACAGCCGAACAAGUUUUUCGCCGCAUGGAAGCAUAUAUGAACCAAAAUUACGCCAGUUCAUCGCCUCAAGACGAAACACCGACCCC